UGGACCGAGUGGAUAGAAGUGUUACUACAGAGCUGCUGCUGCUGGUGGACGGGCUGGGAGCCGAGGAUAAUGCUCCAUCCCUCAGCGUACGGCAGCACGCUGGACACCUUGUGAUUUCUCGUGGCAGCGGCGACUGUGGAGGAAGAGGGUCUUCAUUGCUGCAGCAGUGAUUUUCUUUUCUUUUCUUUUUUUUCUCCCUUUAACCACAGUCUUCUUCAUCAUCUUCCUACUCGCCCCUCCUCACUCCUUAUUCCUCUGCAAUUGGCAACCGCUGGGCUACCCCUCCUCUCUUUUCUACUUCUGUCCCUUUUUCCAGUGGAGGGAUUUCUGUUUUUCAUCAGGGAUUGUAGAAGACAUGUCUCUCUGGGAAUGAUGGUGUUGCCACUGGUUGCCACUCUGUCGCCAUGACGAUGCCGUUCAGCCCCCUGUCCAGCGACGAGGAGCAACAAAGGAUGCUGGGAAACAAUCGACAUCUCUAUCCAGGGGCAGAGGACGAGGAAGAGGAGGAGGAAGAGGAGGAGGAGGAAAUGGAAGAAGAUGAACGUGAUGAGGACCAGGAGGAGGAGGAGGAGAAUGGCGAGCUGGAGGGGGAGGAGGAAGACGAUGAGGAGGAGAUGGUGGAGGAGGUCAGGCGAGGAGGCCUAUCGCGGGGGGGCAGGGGUGAGGGACACAGGCAGUCAGGUAAACUGGCCGGACGACCCACCGGGGACAGACAGAUACGGCCAGGGAACCCUGGACACACCACAAACCCCUAUUCGUCCAACCCUGGACCCACACACCAACAGCCAGCCAAUCACAUACAACAGCAGCAGCAGAGGAGGCUGAAGGAGCGCAGUGCCAGCUCGGUGCCAUCUGAGGACACCCACAUUGCCAUGAUGGUGUUUCGCAUCGGCAUCCCAGACAUAAAGCAAACGAAAUGUUUGCGGUUUAACCCAGAUGCCACAGUGUGGAAGGCCAAGCAGCAGGUGCUGUGCUCCCUGACCGAAUCUCUGCGGGACGUCCUGAACUAUGGUCUGUUCCAGCCCGCCACGGACGGCCAUGAUGCCAAGUUCCUGGAAGAGGAGAGGCUGCUCAGAGAGUACCCACAGUCCUUUGAGAAAGGGGUACCAUAUUUGGAGUUUCGAUACAAGACCAGGGUGUACAAACAGACCAAUCUUGAUGAGAAGCAACUGGCCAAACUGCACACUAAGGCCAGCCUGAAGAAAUUCAUGGAUUAUAUCCAAACCAGCGCUGUGGACAAGAUGAUCAAGUUCUUAGACAAAGGCCUUGAUCCCAACUUCCAGGACUCUGACACCGGCGAGACUCCUCUGUCCCUGGCGGUGCAGUGUGAGCCGGGUGGAGGUGAGCCCAUCCGGGUCCUGGUGGAGGGAGGGGCUCAUAUUGAUUUCCGCGCCAAAGAUGGACUCACAUCGAUACACAAGGCUGUUCGAGGCCACCGCCAUACAGCCCUGCUGGUCCUGCUGUCUCUGGGUGCGUCUCCAGACUAUAAGGACCGAAGAGGGUUGACUCCGCUCUACCACACUGUGCUGACAGGGGGAGAUACCUCCUGCUGCGAAACACUCCUUUACCACCGUGGCAAGCUGGGCAUCAGGGAUGAGAACGGCUGGGACGAGACACAUCAGGCCUGUCAGAAUGGUAACUCGCAACAUCUGGAGCACCUCCUCUUCUAUGGGGCGGAUUCUUCCUCCCAGAAUGCAUCUGGAAACACUGCCUUGCACAUCUGUGCUUUAUACAACAAGGAAAGCUGUGCACGAAUUCUUCUCUACCGGGGAGCAAAUAAAGACACAAAGAAUAACAGUGGUCAGACACCCUUUCAGGUGGCUGUUAUGUCCGGCCAUUUUGAGCUGGGAGAAAUUAUCAAAAACCACAGGGAUACAGAUGUGGUUCCCUUUGUGGAGUCUCCGAAGUACGCGCCUCAGAGGCGGGAGAGUGCCCGGACGCUGACAAUACCCCACCCUCAUCCCUUCCUUCGUGCCAACAGUGAUAGCAGCAUGAACUUGCCAGAUUGGAUGGCAGUGCCCAAUGCCCCGGGGACCAACAUCGUCUCUGUGCAGGGCUAUAAGCAUACAGGAACCCUGCGGAGCUCCAGCAGUCCCAGAGGGGCGAGGACGCGUUCCCCGUCCCGAGGGAGGAUUGGAGACAAGGAGGACCGGAGCAGGCAGAGUCGGAGACAGGGGCCUGCUCCAGCCAGCACAGUUGGGCAAACCGCUGGCCAGCGAAGACGCCUCUACAGCGCUGUCCCAGGACGAGUCUUUGUAGCUACUCGAGCGCACUCUGCCCAGGGAGAGCGAGAAAUCAGCUUUAAUAAGGGAGACAGGGUCAAAGUGUUGAGUGUUGGCGAAGGCGGAUACUGGGAGGGGACGGUCAGGGGUCGCACAGGUUGGUUCCCCUCUGACUGUGUAGAGGAAGUGAUGCUUCGAAGCCAAGACAACCGAUCAGAGAGCCGCGGAGAACGAGCCAAAAGGCUGUUCCGCCAUUACACUGUGGGAUCCUAUGACAGCUUUGAAGCUCCCAGUGACUAUAUAAUCAAGGAGAAGACGGUGCUGCUGCAGAAAAAAGACAGCGAGGGUUUUGGCUUUGUGCUGAGAGGGGCCAAAGCUCAGACUCCUAUAGAGGAAUUCACUCCCACCCCGGCCUUCCCUGCACUGCAGUACCUGGAGUCAGUGGACGAGGGAGGCGUCGCCUGGAGAGCCGGUCUCAGGAUGGGGGAUUUCCUGAUAGAAGUCAAUGGUCAAAAUGUCGUGAAGGUUGGUCACCGGCAGGUCGUCAACAUGAUCCGGCAAGGUGGCAACAGCCUCAUGGUAAAGGUUGUCAUGGUAACCCGCAACCCAGACAUGGAGGAAGGUUCAAGGAAGAAAAUCCCCCAGCAGAGUAAGAGGCUAAGCACUCCAGCUAUCGCCCUACGAUCCAAAUCCAUGACUUCAGAACUGGAGGAGAUGGUGGAGAGAGCUGCUACCCCUUGGAAAAAAAAAUCAGAAUUCGAAUCCUCACAAGUUACAGAGAAGAAGAGGACAGUCUAUCAGAUGGCUUUGAAUAAACUAGAUGAAAUUCUUGCAGCAGCUCAGCAGACAAUCAGCACCAAUGAGGCGCCAGGGACACGGGGACAGGGGCCAAAAAGAGAGAGGGGACGAAGUUUCUAUGGCAAUGAGCCAAACUACGGGGAUCAGUCCGGGAUGGGGAUGAUGUCGUCGGGGUUGGGCCUCGGCUAUGACCGUGGCCAGUACACCUCAGGUCACGGCCCACAGCACGGUAUGCUGCGGCAAAAAUCCAUCGGGGUGCCUGAGGAGGAGAAGCAGUUCCUGCACCCUCCAGCCAUGAAGUUUGCUCGCAGUUUGUCUGUGCCUGGCCCAGACGACAUCCCUCCUCCUCCCACCACAGCUCCACCAGACCCUCCAUUCUCCUCUGCUCCGCCACUAGGUUGGAGAGCUAAGUCAUCCCAACAGCCCUCUGUCUCUGUGUCUCAGUCCACAUCCACCUCUGCACACUACCAGCCCUACCCCCAGUCAGUGCACUUCACCCAUGGGGGCAGGGAGAGGGCAGGUGGUCCCAGCACCGGCUCCAGUGGUGGAGCGGUGGACCACACAACCUCGUAUGCACAUGCAGCUCCCCAUACUACUCAAAGCAGGACUGCUUCGCGGAAAGUUGCCUAUACUGGGGAGCCUGUUGGACCUGGCAUAGGGGCUGGUGCGGGGGCCAAGACAGCAGGUCUUAGGAGAGGCUACAGCACCGCUGUCCCCCCAUCGAGCAUUGCCACUGUAAUGCCUCAGCAACAACAGACUACCCAGAGUCAACCCCAGCGAGCAGACCGCAGUGCGGCUGGGGCUGGAGCAGGUGGUCCUAAAGCAGGGGCCCGGAGAGGUAAGGGUCCCCUGGUGAAGCAAUCCAAGGUAGAGGACCUGCGCACGGGACAGGGUACACUGGGGGGCAAAGGUUCGGUGGAGAAAAGCUCAAUCCCCAUCCCCACCAUUAUCGUCAAGGCCCCUUCAACCAGCAGCAGUGGACGCAGCAGCCAGGGCAGCAGUGUGGAGGCUGACGCUCCUACAUCAGGGGAGACAGAUGAAACCAAAACACCCCAUGGUCCUCCUCCUUCAACUCCCGCUCCACAGCCCCCUGCCCCGCCUUCCAUCCCAGCACCGCCGCCUCCUUCCUUGCCUUCCAUCCGAGCCCAGGAUAACCUGGACUUUACCAGCCAGUUUGGGGCUGCCAUUGUUGGUGCAGCUCGCCGAGACAGGGAACGGUUUCAUGAAGCCCGCAGAAAGAGUGCCUCCUUGUUCAUGUCUGCUGAGGAGGAUGUGAGCCUUGGGGGAGUGAGUGAUGGAAUAGGCGGAGUAACAAGGACUCAGGUGUCACAGCAGCAGCUUAGCACACAGGGUGAAAGUUCAUCAACACGGCUGCGCCCAUCCAAAUCAAUUGAUGAGGGCAUGUUCUCUGGGGACACCUUUAUCCAUCACACCCGCAGUAUGCCACCAGCCUUUGGUCUACCUGAGUACUCCUCACCUGCCCUGGACUAUCAACCUAAGUCUGUGCCUACUGACUUGUACACAGCAGCAGGCAGGCAGCCAGCAACCUCUGCUACCACCACCUUCAUUCACCCUCUAACAGGAAAGGCUCUUGACCCCACAUCACCACUAGGCCUCGCCCUGGCUGCUAGAGAGCGUGCUCUGAGGGAUGACAGCAGGUUAAGGAGGGGAACAGAGCACCACUUCAGCCGCCAGAUGUCGAGUGUGGUGUUUCCUUCAUCUUCUGCCGCCUCUCAGUCUGUGUCGUCCAACGCCCAGUCCUCCACCGCCCAGUCCUCCAGCUCCUCCUACCUGGUCACCUCGUCUUCUCUGGCUGCCACCACGCCCACUGUUGGCCGUCCACCCUCACCCAGAAUCCUCAGAGGAGUUGGGAGUGUGUGGAGUGAGGAAGGGGGUGGAGGAGAAAGGGAGCGGGAAGGAGGAGGGGCUCGUGAAGGACUAAGAGUUCGCUUCUCUGAGGACAAAACCGUCCACACGCACCACUACCAGUCUCAGCCGUAUCAGCCAACCUACAAGGAGAGGGAGCGGGAGAGGUCAAGGGAACGCGAGAGGGAGCUUUCGAGAGAAAGAGAGCGGGACAAAGAGAGAGAGGGUUACAUGAGGAGGGCAGAGCAGGCUGCUGCCAAUGCGGCGGCUGCUGAGAGCUCGGCUCAGCAAGUGUCCCAGCCUCAGCAGCCUCGGAGGCCCACUUUUCUCAGGAUGGAAAGUCAAUCUGAUGCCUAUAUCUUGUCCCUCACCCCUCCCUCUCCUCCACCUACCAGUACCCAGCAGACAGUGAACACUACUGGGAGCACUGGGACUGGCCUGAUGGUUCUCCCUCCCCCUGCCCCCUCAGUUGAUGCUGAUGAUGAGUUUGUCUACGCAGACCCUCUCCCACCUCCAUUAGAGUUUGCUAACAGCUUUGACAGGGGAAUAUCAAGGUACACACAACACGGGAUGCUACCCAACAGCCUGACAUCCCGCCAACAGCAGGUCCCACCCCCACCACCUCCUCCUCCACCUCCACCACCACCCCCUCCACCCUCCCAAAAAGAACCAUUUGUAAGUGGGUUUCCCUCUCAUACACCCCUGCCCUCACCUCAGGCAGGGGACUCCACUGCCUCCAGCCUCACAUCUUAUGACAGUGAGGUGGCUAACCUUACUCAGUCCGCUCCCUCCCCCUCCCAAACAUCACCUAACCCACCACCCCCUGCCUCGCCCUCUACCUUGCAACCCACCUCGAUAGCAGGACCCCCACCUCCCCCGUCAGUUUCACCGCCACCUCCUCCUGGUUCCUAUCACAGACCCUUCUCUAUGUCCCACCCCCACCACCUUUACAACAGCUCUCAUACUCCUGGGCGCUCUUCCCCCACGCCUCCCCCGCACACUGUCGCUCCUCCUCCCGCCUACCGUGGUCCCCCAACGCCCUCCUCCACUGCUGCCACCUCUGCUCCACUUAGGGGCAACGCCUCAUACGCCACGACCGCUAGCUGUGCCGCUACAACCACCGCUGCUGCCACCACAACAAGCACCUCCACUCAGCUCUACCAAGAGCGUGCACACACCACACAUACAACAUCCUCCACCUCCAUCACGGGCAGUCGCAGGACAGGGGAGCACCACCGUCCUCCCCCUACUACCAAGAAAGGAGAGUCCCAGGAGACAGUGGUAGACUCUGGGAUUGAAGAGCUGGAUAGCCGCAGCAGCAGUGACCACCACCUGGACAGCAUCCUGGCUUUAAGUGGAGCCAGCGUACGGGGAGACAGGCUGGACCGAGGGGAGAGAGGAGGUGGAGCUGGCGGACGGAUGGGAGGGGGAAGUGGAACAGGGGAAUCAGAAAGGGGAGGAGAUUUUCUGGAGUCUUACAUGAGCUACCUGGACGGACAAACUUUUGAAAUGCAGAAUGCCACAGCAGCAGCCUCCACCUACCCAAAAGCCAAUAGGUUCAGAGAGGGAGGUCGCACCAGUGAUCUACACAGACAGACCAGCACCGCUCCUGCGUCCUUCCACUCCCACAGACGGAGGGACGAGCAGGAAGAGGACGAGAUCGAGGAGGGAAUCGCAGAGGAAGAAAGUAGCCAGGAUGGGUAUGGGGUGAGGGACAUGCAGAAUUUGGGACGUCCCAUUUCACCAUACUUUGAUCGCCCACGCACUCCUGAGAUGAAGCCUCUCUGGGGCGAAGGGCAGAUGUCCGGUGAUGGAGGGGGUCAGUCCGGGGCACUUUUAGAGGGGAAGAAGAUUUACCCUCCUGCAUCCAGUAUGAAGCCCAGCAUCAUAAAUGAGCUGAGCAGCAAACUGCAUCAAAGAAGCAAGGACAGCUGGAGCAGCCAGAGACCACUGAGCAGACACAGAAGCAGAAACAGAUUUUCAGAAGACUCAGCCUCAGCUCUGAGCCCCCCCUCAGCUCGAUCCCAGUCACCGUCUCCAAUUUCGUUAUCGCAGCCGUCGUUAUCCCCAUCCCCCACCCCUGCCUCCCAGUACCCUAACUGGGGACGAUCCCCAUCUCCUCAGCCUCCAGCUUCUUCUCAGCCUCCACGUUCCCACUCCCCGCUGUCUCCGACAUCUUAUUCCCCUUACCCCACCUCCCCCAAACACAGACCUGUCUACCGGACCAAAGCCCUAGAAUUCCAGUUCAUCCCUAGUCGAGAGUCCCGUAAAGCAGAAUCACACAUACUCCAGCGUAGGCGAGCACCCAGCCCCCUCAUCUCCCCGUCAGAGAGGCCCAAACUGGGUCCACCGCGGCCAUCAUCCCUUCCACUCCUCCCCACCUCACCCCUAUACAGUGCCAUCUAUGACCUUCGAGGUUCAAUCACCCCACCAUCACCUGGGAACCCUCUUGGAGAUCCUUACUUCUCGCCCUCUCCUCCACUGUUUGCUCCCUCUGGUGCCCCUCCUCCUCCAAACUCCACCUUAGUUGUUUCUCGAUCGCUCUCUCCAACUCACUUCCUGUCCGGGACUUCUUCUCCACCCCUGCACCCUCUCCCUCCACCUACCUGCCUGAGUUACCCCCAUCUUCCACCCCCUUCCCCUACAAAACCUUUUGCCUCCAAGCCGCUGCCCUACUGGACCAAGUAUGAUGUUGCAGACUGGCUAGGAUACCUGAACUUGGGUGAGCACAGAGAGCGUUUCCUGGACAACGAGAUUGACGGCACCCACCUUCCCUCGCUAACCAAGGAUGACUAUCUAGAUUUGGGUGUGACACGUGUAGGCCACCGCAUGAACAUUGAACGGGCCCUGAGGAGCGUAAUGGACAGGCUGUCCAGCAGCCCAUUUCCCAUUUCUGUUCUCUCACCUCGGGAUGGACAGACUGAGAGGAGGAGGGACGACGGGAGUCGGAGCUGAGGUUGCAAAUGCAGAGGCAGAAAGAGAGAGAGUAAGAAAGAAGGAGGGAUUGGAGUCAAUGAGGGAGGAAGACACAACUGCUGCUAUCCAUGGUGGAUUCACACAACAAAUGAGGGGGGAACAGAUUUCACACAGAGAGCGACAGAAAGAGGGAGUCAAGUCCCAAAGGGAGAUGGAAACACAGGGAUGGAAAAAGGGCUGACGAUCCAUAAAGACAGUGGCUGGCGCUCCCAAGUUGUGGCAGGCUGAUAUACACAAGUACACUCCCCACAUGCAUGCACGGUCACACCAAUCAACAAACAAGUAACACAAACACACUGUCAUCCAAAAUGCAUACGGAGACACCAUGGCUGCAGCGGAGUGAAGAACAGCGAUGAAACCGAACCAAAUACAUGAGAGGAACAAUCAAAAGCCAGUUAGAUUAUUUUUUUUU